CAUGUUUAUUUUUUGUUUUCUUCCAGAAAUGUCUCCACUGGCAAAUUAUAUUUAAGCAAAAAUUGCAUUGGCGUCUAUAAACGUUAUCAAUUGUGCAAUGAACAGCCUUGUCCUUCUCAUUUGGAAGAUUUUAGAGCUUUACAAUGUUCGUCUUAUAAUAAUGUGGAUUUUCAGGGUCAACAAUUUACGUGGGAGCCGUAUGUUAAAGAUGAUGCUGAGUGUGAGCUGAAUUGCAAACCUUUAGGCAUGAAAUAUUUUGCCACUUUAAAUGCCACCGUUAUUGAUGGAACUGCUUGUGAGAAGCCUGCUGAAUAUUAUAGAUCGAAUUAUAGCGGUCGAGCUAUGUGUAUUGAUGGUAUUUGUAAGGCCAUUCAUGCCAGCGGCAUUAUAACCGGUCUCUCUGCCAAUAGUGGUGCCGUUAGUUGCGGUGGUUUACUAUGUCGCCCCAUAACCGGUCUAUUUACUCGAGAUCCUCUGCCCGAUGAUGCUUAUAUACAUGUUGCUACGAUUCCGGCAGGAGCUUCUAAUAUUUCUAUUACUGAAUUGAAAAAUAGCAUGAAUUUGUUGGUGCUAAGUACUGAUGAAGAUAGUUAUAUUAUAAAUGGUGAUAAUACGGUUUCGCUGAGUGGUGCAUAUGAAGCUGCUGGUGCUGUUUUCGACUAUCAUCGUUUAGAUGGUUUGCAAGAGCAUGGUGAGGGUGUUACCGAAUGGGUUACUUGCACGGGACCCAUAAGAGAUAAUGUGGAAUUGAUGAUCUACAGCAAAACUAUGAAUCCCGGCAUUAAAUAUGAAUAUUUAUUGCCCAUUACCUCUGAUUCGGAAGAAAAUGAAGUAUCGUUAGAAAGUGAUGGUUUUCUAAAAUCCGGAGGAGAAGAAACGUCCAUUAGUGCCAGUCAUAGUACAAAACGUCGUCGUUACAACUGGAAGGUGGUAGGUUUUAGCACUUGCUCAAAAUCUUGCGGAGGUGGCACCCAGACUCCCAUCGUAAGGUGUGUACGAGAGAAUCCUUUACGUUAUUAUUCCCAAAGAAGAUGUAUGCAUGCCGAGAAGCCGGUAAUCAAUGAAAAUCUUUUAAGAUGUAAUACCCAACCUUGCCCAGCUUACUGGCGUUUAGAUGAUUGGGGUGAAUGUCGUUGUCAUCACGGCGAGGGAUCUAAGGAACGGGAAUUAAGUUGUGUACAAGAAUUGGCUUCGGGUAUUGUUAUACAUGUGGAUAACUCGGCUUGUAUGGAAGAGAAACCGAUAGUCAAGAAACCCUGUGAUUGUCCCAAGAACCGUAGACGUUCCAAUCAACGUUAUCGUUUACACGGCUUAAGUCCCAAUUCCUCACAUACCUCUGUUAGACGUAACGAAAGAGCUGGCACUUGGUUAAUGUCGGAUUGGAAUCAAUAUUGUUCGUCGGAUUGUGGUACGGGAGUGGAAUACAGAACCAUUUAUUGUGAUCGCUCUAAACCCAAUUCGGAAAGAUGUGAUUUUCGUGCUACUCCCGAAAUUACCAGAUCUUGUGAACGUUCAGAUAAUUGUGAGACGGGAGAAUGGUUUUCGGGUCCUUGGACGCCCUGUAAUGGCAAUUGCUUUAAUUUGACUAGAACAAGACAGGUUUUGUGUAUACAAAACCAAUUGAUUGUGGAGGAUGAAGAUUGUAAACCCGAGUUGAGACCGUCCAGUGUAGAGAAAUGUUCACAUGAAGAAGUGGAAUAUUGUGGACCUAGAUGGCAUUAUUCUGAAUGGUCAGAGGUGGGUUAA